AGGAGGGGGUUUCCGUUCGAGACCUCUCCAUUCCCUUCUUCCUUCCUUCAUUCCGGCGUUUCCCCCGACCGAGACCCUCCUCGCCCGACCCGACGCCCCGAGAUUUUGAAGGGAGAAAAACAAGUUGAACCAUGGGGAAGAGAAAGUCAGCUGCUAAGCCACCCCCUAAGAAGCGGAUGGACAAGCUCGACACGGUCUUUUCCUGCCCGUUCUGCAACCAUGGGAGCAGCGUUGAAUGCCGAAUUGAUAUGAAGAAUCUGAUUGGUGAGGCGAAUUGUCGAAUCUGCCAGGAAAGCUUCAGCACCACCAUAAAUGCGCUGACUGAGCCUAUUGAUAUAUACAGCGAAUGGAUCGAUGAGUGCGAGCGCGUCAACGCUGUCGGAGAUGAUGAUGAUGAUCCAUGAGCAUGUCCCGCUUCCAAACGAGAUGGUUACUACUAUGACUGUAAUGCGUUGGUGUUAUUGGCUGCCACCUUCAGCCAUGUUUGUAGUAGCGUCGUGCUGGCUGAUCGAACCGUUAGUAGGCAGUUCAUCCUUCGUUUAAUAAACAAGCGAUGAUAUUGUGUACUUGCGUUUGAACCUUAAUACUAGUAGUCUUGCAUGUCCGGUGUGUAUGGAACUAUGGAUCCAUCAGAUUGUGUAAGGUUUGUUCUCUACCAGUAUGUUAUCAUGGUUGAGAUUAGGACUAAUUUCAGUACCCGAGAAGAAUUAAUACUCAUGCUAUGUUGGUAGUU